AGCAGUCAUCGAUAAGCACUACGUGCGCAUAUUAAUCAAUUUAUCCGGACUUUUCCAGGUUAACGUCCUGGGAAAGUGCAGCGAAGCCUUUCCGGGUAUGCGCAGUAGGGCUGCGCAGAAGUGCAUCCAGCUUGUUGUGUUCCAGCAGUUUCUUGGUCUUUCUCCGACGCACAGCACAACAAUUUCAAUGAUGUCGAGCAAGGUCGCCGUGGUGACAGGGGGCAACAAAGGCAUCGGCUUGGCCAUCGUGCGGGCUCUCUGCGAGCGGUUCCGCGGCGACAUCUACCUCACCGCCAGAGACGAGGGGCGUGGCCGGGAGGCCGUGGCGUCCUUGAGCGCCGAGGGUCUGAAGGUCGACUUCCAUCGGCUGGACGUCACCGACGUCGGCAGUAUCGCGGUGGCGGCCGACUUCUUCAAACGCAAGUACGGCGGCGUGGACGUGCUCGUCAAUAACGCCGGCAUCGCUUUUAAAGUGGCCGACACGACUCCGUUCGCCACGCAGGCCGACGUGACGCUGCGGACCAACUACUUCGGCACGCGGGACGUGCUGACCCACUUCCUGCCGCUCGUCAAAGCUGGAGGCCGCGUGGUGAACGUGUCGAGCUUCGUGAGCGUGCGCAGCCUCAACAAGUGCGGCGCGCGGCUGCGGGAGCGUUUCCGCAGCGACGACAUCGGCGAGGACGAGCUGACGGCACUCAUGGAACGCUUCGUGGAGCUCGCCGGGAAGGGCGAGCACGAGCGGGAGGGCUGGCCCCAGACGGCCUACGGGGUCUCCAAGAUCGGCGUGACGACGCUGUCCAUGAUCCACGCGAGGCGUCUGUCCAAGGAGAGGCCGGACGAUCAGGUAACAGAACGCACGCGGUCCUCUCGGAACGUCUCACGGGCUGCGAUUGUGCGAUUGUGCUGCUCGUCAGAUCCUGGUGAACGCGUGCUGUCCCGGCUGGGUGCGCACCGACAUGGCGGGCCCCCAAGCCCCCAAGUCUCCGGAGGACGGCGCCGUCACGCCCGUCUUCUUGGCUCUGCUUCCCGCCGGCGCUUCGGAGCCUCACGGCAAGUUCGUGUCGGACGAAACGGUGCAGACCUGGUGAAGGCCCUCGUGUCGACUUUUCCAACAACAUUUGGGCACACAAAUCAAUAAAGAGAAAAUCUGAGUGACUCGAGAA